GUAGUUAAGAGGCGCUUGAUUCGUUUCUUCGCACUACCUUGAAGCUAACAUCCUGAUGAGUGAAAUAGUGUAUAAACAACUGCACCAAUUCCAUUGUGGUGCAUUAGCCUUCCCAGAACGGAGUUCUCUCGUUUCCAUAUGUCCCCAUGGGUGUUUUGUUUGUGUGUCCGAUCUGGGUCUCCUUUUGUAUGAUACGAAACAUUAUCUGGAAGCUACUGGAAUCUGUAAACUUCGAAGAGAUAAACCGCUUCCUGACCAUACACCGAAUAUUGUUGUUUCGUCGGUUGAUCCUAUAAUCUGGACUGCUUUUAAUUGCGAUGGUUUGAUAUUGGCUGUUUUGACGUCCAGCGAAAGUCGUGGGACAUUUGCAAAUUUGCUUAAUGUAGUUGAUCUUGUGAAGUCUGGAUCGACUGAUUUGUCAAAUAUUAGCCGUCCCGUCCGCGUUUGUGGUGGAGAAACCAGUCUGUAUGGAUUACGUGACUUUGCUUGGAGUCCAACUGAUCCGACUACUUUUGUUGUUGUUCUUGAUUCGGGUGCAGUUCGCCUUUUUAACUUUCCACCCGAUGGAAGUAGAUCAAUCACUCUUGUUGGUCAAUUGCCAGCAACUGCAGAUUGUCGAUGUGGUAAGUUCAUUUUAUUCCUUUAUGUCACUCCAACUCCUUUGGAAGUAACAAUUUUAUACCUUAUAAACUAAGUAUAUCUUUCUGGUUAGUCAGUUACAACGUUGAACCAGGCAUAUAUAUGCAUCGGUCCAAGUUGCCACAUCAUAUUAGCACAACAAGAUGAACACCGAAUUCAUAGAAGUAGUUAUAUGAAUUACAAUGUCAACUGUCAAGAUGUAUUAUUAGACAUCAUGGAUUUCAUUAAGGUUCAGCCAAGUAUUCGGACCUUUUCAUUUAGUUGCUAAGUUUCACAAAUAUACUUAUAAUGAUUAUAAGGUAGCUCUUUUAAAUGCUAAUAAAAAUGAUUCCCAAUAUUAUUCAGUCUUAAAAUUUUAAAAUACUUUUAUCGAGAGAAUUUAGUGGAUAUUGUUGUAGAAUGCUAGUUUUUACUUUCCUUUAGUGAGUUAAAAUGUUUGAAAGUAAAAUAUAUAUGAAUCGUGGCUCUCAUACUAUGUGGCUAUCACAUGGUUUAGUCUCCGUUUGUCAUACCGACAUCCAUUGGCGGUUUUAUUAUUUAGUGAGAAAGAAUAAGGAAAAGUAGCAUAUCUACUUGGAUGCAAUAGAAAAAUGGUGGAGUUCUAUGCUAUAGGUUCAUUGGUUUCAAGAUCUUGAUGAAUAUGCACAUAAAAGAAGCAACAGGUUUAAACUUCUCCCUAUCUACUUCGGUCUGUGCAGUUCAUUGAUGUCACUGGUUAUAUGGCUUAAACUUGAUUACACAAAUUUGUACUUGAUAAAUAGGUUACAUUAAGCAUUAAUUUUUGAGUAUGUUAGUUUUACCUAAAUCUUGUCAUGUUUGAGAAUUUUUUAUUUACUCUGAACUUGAAAACUGUGUUUUGCUAACGUACGUGAUCGAGUAUUUCGUCAUUUUGUUACUUUUUUAAACUUGGGAGUUUUGUUUAUUCGGAAUAGCUCAUCGAUCCAGACGCUGAUUUCAACUAGUAGUUUAUAAAUUCAGUUCUUGCUCCAGACAGAAAUUUUCGAAGUAGUAAUGGUGUAAGCAUUUACUUGUAUGUGAAUACGCGGACUCGCUUGUAUUGGUUGUUGGAAUCUUCCCGUCGAUGCAUUGAACUACAUUUGAUGAGUAUUUUGUCAUGUGUGCAUCCUGUGCGAAGUCUCGAUAUACACGUAUGUUAAAAGAAACUGGUCAAUCAUAGUUCAAAAUAGCGGCGGAAAAAUUCAAACAACCAAUACAAAUAAAUUAAAUUCAUCCUAUUUUAUAGGUCAGUUGCUAUUUAGAUCUAGUAAAUAAAUGGAUAAUACAUUGGGGGCUUAAAGCGAAAUGUACUGGUUUUAAAUCUUAGUGUGAACAUUGACAUAGAUCCAGGUACAUCUGCCUAACUUGUCCCAAUUAGGACGAAACUUCCGUCCUAGAUUCCACUGUUAUCCACCAUCCAAAUCUGUUUAAAAACACGUGUUUAAAUUAUUGUUGUGAAAUUAAGAAUUACUGUUACUAAUAAACUCUAUCUGUUAUGUAAUGUAGUAAGAAAUGCAAUGUAACUGUGUAUUAUGUCGACUAGAAUCGAAUAGUAAAAUUAUGACCUACGAUGCUCCAGUUAGUGUUUAUUGUUUCGAAUCUUUCUGUUUCCUUUUCUUAUUCUAUUUGGGGUUUUGUUCAGUGUCUUGGAGUCCAAAAGGGAAACAACUUGCUAUUUGUUUAAAUGGUUCUCUGUCCACUGCAAAUGGAAUUAUGCAAGGUCCUUUAAUUUUACAAGUAGACCCACAACUACAACAAAAGCGCAUUGUUCCACUUGGUCAGCUGUUUGAAUCAAAUCAUGAUUGGAAGAAUAGUUUACCAGUAGAUCUAUUAUGGACAUCUUCAUAUAAUUAUCUAUUGGCUAUUAAACAAUCUGUAAAUGAAAUGAAUUCAGAUUGCUUAACAAAUAUUUUAUAUAUUAGUACAACCUCGAAAUCUCCGGAACCAUCUGCUGUCGCAAUUGGUAAUCUUAAUAGUCAUAUGGAUCAUAACAAAGUACAAUAUUGUUUUCGUUUUAUUGGGCCUAACCAUGUCAUUGUUACAUUGGCAUGUGUCGGUGAAGAGGUAAUUGUUUUAAAACUACCUACAGCUGCUGGGAGUUUACCUCAAGUUGUAAUGAGUAUUGAAUUACCAGCUGAUGGUUGUGCUAUGAGUAUGGAUGUUGGAGUUCUUCAGAAUACAAAUAAUGAAUCUGUUGGAAAUUCCUUAAUAUAUUUACUAACCUAUUUGUCUAAUGGAAAUAUUUGCCCUUAUCUAUUAAACUCAAAUGAUCAGUCAAAUCUAAUCAAUCAAAACAAUCCUAAAUUAAUUAGUUUACCGAUACCAAAACCUAUAGUACUUUCAACAACUGAGAAAUCACCAUUGAAUACAUCUAAAUCAUCUACACUGGUAUCAGCUUCAAAUGAUAACCCGUCAGUGUUGAUGAUGGCUAAUCAAGCAAAACAGAAUGUAAUUACUUCAUCGGUUGAUUCUGCUAAUAAUCAUCAACAUCAUGUUGCAGAGAUUUUACCAGUCAAUACAGCCAUUUGUAGUGGUAGUAAUAAUAACAGCAACUUACAAUCAAUAACAUCCUCUAUUCCAUUGAAUAGUUUGAAUAACAGAUCAACUGAAUCCAAACUCAGUAGUUCAUUACACAAAAGUUCAAUGACAAAUAGUUCCGUUAAUAACAACAAUAAUAAUGUAAAUUCAACAAUUAUUCCUGAUAAUAAAGAAAAUUCUCCUCAUCAAUGUAAAACAUCAAUCAAUCAAUUAGGUGAUUUACCAUUGCCUAAAUCUAUACAAUUAGCUGCAAUACAUUUUGCAUCUGCUUUACAAUUAGAAAGUGAAGCUGGACGUCAUGCUUGGGAAAAUUUAUUCAGUGUAUUAAUAAAUGGAACAAUUGAUAAAAAGUCUAAUGAAUCUAUCGGUUUAGAUAUUAUUGAAGCACGUUUACAUAAUGUUGAUCGUUUUUUCAAAGCAAUGAAUGAAGUUAUUGUCGAAUUAACCAAUGCGUUAAAUGAACGUAAAGAGGAUUUAACAAAUUCGAUUAAUUUCGGUGAACGUUUACGUCGUGCAUUACGUUUAUAUGCUAACGGUGAUUGGUUUCACACUAUAUCAGGUCACUUAGAUCCAGAAACCAGUCGAUUGUUUAGUCAAUUAAAACGACGUGCACGUUUAGCUGAAGCCGGUUUAUAUGAUUUAGAAAAUCAGAUUGAAAGUUUAUCUACAGAAUUAAAUACAACGGUUCAGUCGAAAAACAUGAUAACAUCAACAACCAUAAUGUCAUCACCUAAUCAACAGAGGAAAGAAAAGUUGUUGACGAGAAAUAGUGUUAAUGAUGAUUCGAACAUCAUGCGUACUAUUGAUACAAAUGCUAAUCUUAUUCGAGCGGAGCGUGGUCGAAUUGAUUUUAUUGUGGAAAAUUUAAAACGCUUAGGUUUGAGCCCUGUGAAAUGUGAUAGUAAAUGCGAAAAAAGAAAAGAAAAACAAAAACCUAUGCGUAAAAGUCUAAAUUCUUCAAAUAUUUCAUUUUUAAAGGAUAGCGGUCCCGGUCCCAGUGGUGAUAAUGAUAUUGAUGAUAAUGAUUUAAUGAAUCCAUAUCGAAGUAUGCUAAUUGAACGAGAUCAAGCUUUAUUACGUCUAUUUUCUAAUUAUAAAUUACCUGUUAUUUAUCCAUCAAAACUUUGUCCAUCCAUUUCACCCGAAGGUGAAACUGUCAACGACCAAAGUCAAUCAUUUUCCGAUGUGCAGUCAGCAACAUUAAAUCAUUCACAAAUAAAAACUACCUCGUCUCCUGGAAAUAUGAAGAAUUCCAAAUUAGAACAGUUGCUUGUUGUUUCAGGAGAAAUUGCCUCUAACACAGAAGUCUCUGUUAUUCCCAAAACCCCUUCUAAGCCAUCGACUGAGAAAAGUGUGAAAGUUGUCAAUAAAACUGAAGCUGUUCCAUCAUCAGUAUCUACACCUCUUUCCCCUAAUACUCCUGCUUCUGUCAUUAGUAGUAAACCAUCAAAUAUAGCUUUUAAUUUGACAAGAAAUCAAAUCGCAAACAGUCCAACUGUAUCACCAUUAGUAAAUUCUGCACCAGUUUCAAAUGUCAAAGAAAGUGAUCCAAAAACUACUACGUACCAGCAAUCUUUCUCACUGGGGAUGAAAUCAAUUCAACAGCCCUUAUUCGCUCAACCAAAUGUCACUUCAGCUUUCACUGUAUCUUCAACUGCCAAUAAUAUUAGUAAUCUAUUCGUAAACUCUACUUUAUUCAAGCCGCAAUCACCGUCAUCAUCAACACUGCCGAUCGCCAAUACAUUUAGUGGUGGUACUUCUGUAGCUCAAUCGUCUGCGCCAUUUAUCGUAAACAAUUCUAAAGUUUCUAGUCCAGGUUUUCAAAAAAGUGAAUCUACUAUCACUACUAAUAAUUCUACUAUAACACCUGUCACAACAAUUAAUGAAACAGGUUUAAUCAAUUCUAACCCAGUUUUAUCUACUUCCAAUCCAUUGUUCAGUCCUUCAGUUAUUCCUAAACCUAUUGUCACCGAUCCAUCGAAUGAUUUCAAUAAUGCUUCAUUGUGUAAAGGAACAGAUGAAAUUAAAAAAGAAAAUCUUGUUCCAAACAUAUCUUCAGUUAAUUUACCUCAAACUGCUACUGUUUCUUCUAAAUCAUCUGGACUAUUCUCAUUCUUGCCAACUCCAGUAUGUAGUAGUUCAGGUAUAAUGUUUGGGUCUGGACAAAGUCAAAAUGUCAGUACUGCCACUACCAAUACUACGACAAGUUCUUCAAUAAGUUCUCUUUUCACUGGUAUACCAUUGAACACCACAAGUACAAUAUUUACAAAUUCAGAUACUACAACAAUGUCAAAUGUUACAUUCAAUAGUAAACCAUUAUUCGGUGCUCCAAAUAUGGUUUUAGCCACUACUGUUGCUUCAUCAACUUGUAGCACUGGUGCUAAUAUCUUUUUGUUUGGCAAUCCAAAUCAGUUGUCUUCUACGAAUAAUACAGGAUCUGUAACCACUGUUUCGCCUGCAAACCCUGUUAUUGGUUUCACUGGAACUCCUAUUUCGAAAAGUGAGGCUUUCAAUAAAACACCGACGACAUCCGUCUCUCCACUUUUCAGUGGUACUGCUUUAAGUAUACCUGUUUCUGUACCUUCUUGUGGAAUCGCCUCUAAUACACAUAUGUCUACACAUUUUGGUGGAUCUGCUCCAACCACAACUAUUCCAGCGUCUCCAAUGUUUGGUACUACAGUUUUCGGUAAAGGUACUUCCUCGAGCGGUGGUUUAUUCACUGGUACAAAUGUUUCUUCGUUUCAAACUACAACUUCUUCCUCCAUUCUACAAUCACCUGGAAUAGCUGGUCUUUUUAGUGUUUCUAAUUCAGUAACUACACCACCCAGUCUUACCAGUACAGCAACUACUAUUGCUACUACUACUUCAGUGACUUCUAGUUUUUCUAGUCCAUUUGGCUCUUCUGUUUUUGGUGGUAAUUCCGUUUUACCUGGACAGUCUUUAUUUCAAAAUACAACAACAACUAAUACUAUUGCAACAGUGUCGUCAUCGGCAGGCUUGUUUGGUACAUUGGCCAUCAGUGGUAACAAACUGUUCGGCUCACAGCCGGCUACACAGUCAAGUGGCUUUUUAUUUGGUUCUCCGUUUAAUGCUCCAGUAUCCGGCGGUGGUCCCAAUCUAUUUCAGGUCAAUACUUCAAACCCUACUGCUACUGUUUCGUCAUCUACAUUAUUUGGUGCUAGUCUGUUUAAUACACCAUCUGUAAAUUCACCGGGAAAUAAUAACACUACUACUGUACCUAUAGUGCCAGCACAAACUACAAGUUCUAGUCUGUUUAGUUUCGUUUCGGGCACAUCUUCAUUAUUUAGUGGUGCAUCAAUAACUUCUAGCCAGGUGAAUUCAAUGGCUCCUGGCACCGGUCUUUUUGCAGCAGCGGCGACCGUCAAUUCUCAACAGGUUACAUCAAAUUCAACCGGUGGGGGUGCUGGCCUCUUCGGUUCACCUGUGGGAUCCGAUACAAAAUCUACAAACAGUUUAUUCUCUGUAUCAAGUUUAAGUCUUGGUGGAAAUUCAGUAUCUCAAAAUCCUACACAAAAUGCUUUUGGCAAACCGUUCGGUAAUACAGCCUUUGCAAAUCAAGCUAACUCAACUUUAUUUGGUUCUCCCAAUUCAAACACCCAGAAUAAUAUUAUUUCUGGAGCAAGUCCAUCAUUGUCAAAUCCUCAGUCUGGUCUUUUCAGCAGUUCAAUUUUAGGUUCAUCUUUGUUUAGUUCUCCUACAGCUGUUACUACAAUGAGCGGAGGUGGUGGUGGUUUGUUUAGUAAUGUCGGAACAAGUGCUAAUCAAGGAACAGGUUUAUUUGGUUCACAGACACCUACUACUGGUGUUGGUGGUUUUGGAAGUUCACCGACUUUUGGCAGCCCUGCAUUUAAUAAACCAGUUGGACCAGGUUUAUUCGGAUUGAAUGGUCCUGCAGCAUUUAAUUCUAGUAGCGGAUUAUUUGGUUCGACUGGGCCCGUUGCUGGGGGUCCCUUGUUCGGUGGUGAUGGUGGUAGUUCUAACCCCACACCUGUAGGUGGUGGAUUAUUUGCCUCCUUAGGGAAUAAAUCAAAUAAUUUAAGUUUUGGAUCACUUGCUCAAAACUCACCACCUGGUGGAAAUAUAUCUGCUUCACCUUUUGGUACUAGUCCUUCAUUUACUCAAAGACGUGCUUAAUACAUGCUCAAAUCUUAUAAUUUUUUCAUCUGUAUACAAUAUUACUUUGUCAAUAUGAAACAUUUGUUUUAUCUCUUGCAACUUGAUAACAGUUACCGAGAAAAAAACUUAUGAAACAUUUGUAAAAUUUCUUACAGUUUGUUAUCUAUUGUUGUUGUUGUUUAAUGUUAAUUAUCAAUAAAUCUGUUUCUUUUCUGAUG